AUGCGUUUGGUGUGUGCUUUGGGUCUCUUUUUGGCCCUGCUGCAUGUGUCUACCUGUCUGCUGCUGGGAGCCUUCAACAUCAAGUCAUUUGGAGACAAGAAAUCUUCCAACACAACACUGAUGAACAUCAUCAGCACGAUUGUCCAUCGCUAUGACAUCAUUCUGAUCCAGGAGGUCAGAGACAGCGAUCUGUCAGCAACCAAAAGACUUAUGGAGCAUGUCAACAAAGGUUCUUCUCAGUUCAGGUACAGUCACAUCGUCAGUGAGCCCCUGGGUCGCAGCACCUAUAAGGAGAGAUACCUCUUCCUCUACAGGGAGCAGACUGUGUCCGUGGCUAAGAACUUCACCUACGAUGACGGCUGUGAGUCCUGCGGGACAGACGCCUUCAGCAGAGAGCCCUUCGUCGUCAUGUUCACCUCCAAACUGACCGCUGUGAGGGACUUUGUUCUGAUCCCGCAGCACACCUCUCCAGACUCCGCCGUGAAGGAAGUGAAUGCUCUCUAUGACGUGGUGGCUGAUGUCCGCGCCCGCUGGAAAACCAAUGACAUCAUGCUGCUGGGCGACUUCAACACAGGCUGCACUUAUGUAUCCGGCUCCGACUGGCAACAGAUUCGUCUCUUCACUGACAAGAGUUUCCACUGGCUGAUCACCGACGAGGCCGACACUACGGUGUCACACACUAACUGCCCUUACGACAGGAUUGUGGUCACCACUGACAUGAUGCAGGGAGUGGUGCACGGCAGCGCUGAGGUCUACGACUACAUGGUGGACUUGAAUCUCAGUCACAGUCUGGCGUUGGCUGUCAGUGACCAUUUCCCUGUGGAGGUGAGGCUGAUUGGCCAGACUGCUGCUGCUGCUGCCUGAGGCAGGACUCCCAGAGCCGCUGCAGACCUUCAGGCUGGAUCUGAAUUAGGAUUACUCAGUGGGGGAACUCUCUGCAACCAUGCAGCAUUUAAAAGACCACAAUAAACAGAUCUGCUAAAUUAUUUCAUUGCAAACUUGCUUCUUGGAACAUAAAAAUUGGAAAGUGAAGUCUCUUAUUGAAGUGUGUAAAAGGUGAGGUGCAUGAAAAAAGCCCCUUGUAAGCAUUAACUAAGAGAUCUUUAAAAAUAUCAUUUGGAAGCCUUUUACUAAAGGGUGUUAUCCAGAGACAAUGAUUCUCAUUUUUUCAAUGUUUGAAGCAGUACAAACAAAAGUCCAUACACUUAAUUUUAUAAAAUGGCACAUAACUUUCAGUGGCAGGAAUUAAUUUCAAAAACUUUGCACAUAAAGCUGAAGUCAUCUGUCAAAUCAUGACACCAGCAGGAGUUAUAGUAUGUCUGUCUCUGUUGCCUUCAAACCCUAAGUUAGACUUCAUUACCUCUGCAAAGCUGUUUCUGUCUGUUUA